AUGGUCAUCUGCAGCUUGGCCUACAAACCGCUCGUGUUGCUGUACCUCCUGGAGAUGUUCGACUUCAAGCGCACGCUGUGUUUCACCUCGUCCGUCGAAUCCACACACAGGCUGUACCUGCUGCUGACGCUGAUGGGCCAGACGGGCGUUGCCGAGUAUUCGUCGACGCUACCGCAGCGCAAACGCACGCAGAUCAUCGAGAAGUUUGCCAAGGGCGACAUCAAGAUUGUGAUCGCGUCCGAUGCUAUGUCGCGCGGGUUGGAUAUUGAGGACGUGGAAAACGUGAUCAACUACGACGUGCCGCCCUUCAUCAAGACCUACGUGCACCGAGUGGGCCGAACUGCGCGAGCAGGCCGGCAGGGCAAGACGUACACGCUCCUAUUGAAGUCGGAGGCGCACCACUUCAGGUCCAUGCUCAAGAAGGCCGAGCACUCCACCAAGAUCAAUCAAGUGAACAUCGACUAUGAAACGGAGUUGAACAAGUACAUGGAGCAGUACCAGGAAGCGCUGGAGAAGCUCAAGGAGAUACUCAAGCCCCACAUGGGCAAGAACGACCCCACGCAACGCGAACGACCCAAGACGGCUGAGGCCGAGGCCAAGCCAGCAGCGCAGCCUCAGCAGCAAAAGAAGCAGAAGAAGCAACACGAAGACAAAAUGGAGGAGGUGGAGGCUAUGGUGGACGACCUCGACGACGAGGACAAGCUGCUCGACCUCCUCAAGCAGAGCGCCGCCCGCAGCUGGGGCCUGUGA